AUGCUCGAGCUGUACAAAUGUUAUAAAAACGACAACGAGUGUUUGGCCAACGAAAAGCUGAUCGACACCCUGACGGUGCGGCGUUUAAAAGACAAGGUGGAAAUGUUGGUCAAAUGCGACCAGACGACCAUGUCCAACAAAAAGUGUGACGACAUACUUACUUUAAACGACCUGGUAGCGUUGAUUGAAGCUUACGUGGAGUCGUUCAGCGAGGAACACCAAGCCGUCAUAGAUGAGCGGAACAGAUUCCGUCAGUUGGCCGACGAACGGAAGAACAUGUUGCACGAGCGGAACACUGCGCUCGCGGAAGUGGAAAAGCGGUUGGCCGCGUUCGGCGACAUGGACGCCACUGUUCGCAGAUACCAGGACGACUUGGCCGACGCGCAGGCCCAACUGGCGGACCGCGACGACAUCGAAUCGGAGCUGCGGCUGUCCAUCGAGCGGCUGACUGGCGAAUCGAACCGGUUGCAGCGGGCUUUGGCCGACGAGCGGGCGAACAACGCGCGCAAUCAAGAGUCCAUGGACCGGCUGUUGGCGAACAUGGCCGAAGCGAACGCUAAUCACGCGGCCGAAAAGCACAGGGCCGACGACCGCACGGACCGUCUGCAGGCGGACAACGAGAGGCUGCAGGUGAAGAAGGCGGCUGCGGAAACUGUGGUCCAGCAGCAGAUGGACCUGUUGUUCAGGGCCGUCGAAACCAUCAAGACGUUGAAGGCCGAACGCGAAAAACUGUUGUGGACGCUCGAGCAGAACAUGCAGUGCGCCGGAGAAGCCAGCGACCGGGGCCGCGCACUGCAGGACAGCAGCUGUUCGUUCAGCGGCUGCACCGGCUGCAGGCCACGUACCGCCGCGGGCGACGCCAAAGUCACGGUCAGCCGCAAGGCCAUCGAAGACACUCUGAAGAAGUUCGAACGGUACGCGCGAGAGUUCAACGAAGUGGCCGACGACGCGGUGACGACGUCCGAAGACGAACGGCCCACCAUUAUGGAGAUUUGCGAAGAUUAA